CAUGACUCCUCUGAUUCUGGCUUUCGCUCUCUUCGCAAGCGCUUAUGGCUGUGGCCGCCCAGCCAUCGAACCUGAGCUGACCCGCGUGGUCAAUGGUGUGGAUGCCAAACCCCACAGCUGGCCCUGGCAGAUCUCUCUGCAGUACGAGCGUAAUGGCUUCAGACACACCUGUGGAGGAUCCCUCGUCGCCUCUAACUGGGUCAUGACCGCUGCUCACUGCAUCAGUGAGGAUCUGACCUACAGAGUGGUGGUUGGCAAGCACAACCUGCAGCAGGCUGAGGACAGCGCUAAGGCCAUUGUGCCCUCCAAGAUCAUUGUGCACAGGCACUACAACCCUGUGCUCAUCGCCACCGGUAAUGACAUUGCCAUGAUCAAGCUGUCUGAGCACGUGCAGAUGAGUGAUGAGGUGCAGCUGGCCUGCCUUCCUGCCCCUGGCACCAUCCUGCCCCACAACUACCCCUGCUACAUCACCGGCUGGGGCAGACUCUCCACUGGGGGCCCCACCUCUGAGUCCCUGCAGCAGGCCCCGAUGCCUGUGGUGGAGUAUGACGUGUGCAGGCGGAAUGACUGGUGGGGGGUGUCCAUCAGGAGGUCCAUGAUCUGUGCUGGGGGAGACGGCGUGGUGGGCGGCUGCAACGGAGACUCUGGUGGCCCUCUGAACUGCAAGAAUGCCGAUGGAGUGUGGGAGGUCCAUGGCAUUGCCAGCUUCGUCUCUGCCAAGGGAUGCAACUACAUUCAGAAGCCUACCGUCUUCACCCGUGUCUCAGACUUCAAUGAAUGGAUUGACGAGACCAUGAUGAGCAACUAAGCUGUCUCAGUGGUGUUUCUAAUUCAAUUAAAGCUCUGGAUUCUAC